AUGAAAUCUUACCUCAAGACUAAGAAAAAAGACAAAUACCAGUCUUUUGUUGCGAUGAAAAAGGCCGGACUUAAGAUAAAAUCGAGCCUGGAUGAUUUAAAUGAGAUAAAGCUUAAAAAAUAUCUGAAAAUAAGACGGUAUUGUUUUCAGCCUGAUGCAAACAUGACUAAUCUAAAACUCCAACCUUAUAGUUUCGGGACACUUGAUGAUCAAAAAGAUGCAAUCAAAUCAACUAGUCUGGUAACUAGUUUGUAUGCUACAGAUGUUGAUGAGGAAAACACCUGUUGUGUUACUGGACUGGCAGUUCUAGGGAAAAACUGUAUUGUCAUAGCAGAUCGUGAUAAUAUGACAGUUAAACUUGUGGAAGUAGAGGAAGAUAAGAUCCUUUCCAAACUGAAAAUGACGUCAGCACCAUGGGAUGUUACAGUCAUCUCCGAAAAGCAAAUAGCUGUUACUAUACCAGAAAUGAAAACGGUUCAGUUUGCAUCUGUAACUGAAAACAUGACCCUGGAUAAACAGAAGAACCAGAUAAGCCUUAGCGGAAAUUGUUACGGAAUUACAAGUUCGCACGACACAAUUUUUGUUACUUUAUGUGAACCCACACCAAAGUAUGAACAGUACGAUCUCGAUGGAAAAUUGUUGCAUUCGGUAACACUCGACGCAAAGAAUCCACAGUACGUAGUACUGAAUGCAAAUAAAACAAUAAUGUAUAUUUCAGAUAAUACCUACGGAAAACACAUUCAAGAAAUUUCAGUUACUAACCAAAGAGAACUGGAAACGUUACGAGUACAACGUGUUACUGGCAUGGCGGUUGACAAAACAGAUGUUUUAUAUUAUCUCACUUCAAUCUAUGCGCCUGUUUAUGCCGUCUGCAUUGAUAAAAUGCAGGACAGUCAGCGACAAAGUUUCAGUCUUAUUUCAGACAACAUAGGAGGUAAGAGGUGUUUGGCUUUUUGUGAUGAAACAAACAGACUCUUUGUCGGAACUCAAGGAGAAGAAAACGCAAUAAAAGUGUAUUAUGUAGUCUGA